CUUCCCAUACAUACCCUCUUCUCAACCCCGGGCCCAAAGCGUUUGUGAAGAGCCCCCUGGCUGCCGACUGGACCGGACCGGACCGGACUUGAACUCGAACUCCUUCCUGUAGAUCGUGGAGAGACUGCGCAGCACCCUAAGCCACCCUUUAGGGGGCUCGAGGUAGCUAUGUCACUCUGCUCCCCAACUCCCCAGCGACGGCGAGAAGCCCAACGUAGGCCCGGUGCUGCUUGACCCUGUGUGUCAGGGAGUCCGCGCGUGCGCACCCCGGGGAACCCAAAUUUGUGCGGCACAGGAUGCCCGGGCAUGUAGGGAUGCUGUAGGAAUUAAAUGAUACACAGGCCAAAAUUUAUUCAGAUUCUCUAAAAUGAUUUCAUUUGCUGUAUCUGGUAAAGGAUUUCUGGUGCAAAUACACUUCUAUAUUCAGCAAAAGUGAUUAUUUGAAAUUGCCUUGAGAAUCUUCAAAGAAUUCUACAGAAAAUAUAUUUAUUAUGUGAUUAAUAACUAAUAAUUUAUUCAUUUGCAUAAUGGACAACGAUGGGCUUCUGCUUAGAAUGGGACUGAAUGAUAACAAAGCAGGAAUGGAAGGAUUAGAUAAGGAGAAAAUAAAUAAAAUUAUCAUGGAAGCCAGUAAGGGAUCUAGAUUUUAUGAAAAUGAGCUCAAAAAGGAAAAACAAGUAAACCAACGAAUUGAAAAUAUGAUGCAACAAAAAUCUCAAAUUACUACAAAGCAGCUCUGGAAAGCACAAUUACAGGUUGACAAAUUUGCAAUGGAAUUGGAACAGAGCCGUGACCUGCACUGUACUAUUAUACACAUCGACAUGGAUGCUUUUUAUGCAGCUGUAGAAAUGAGAGACAAUCCAGAACUGAGGGAUAAGCCUAUUGCAGUAGGAUCAAUGCGUAUGCUGGCCACUUCAAAUUAUCAUGCAAGAAGGUUUGGAGUACGGGCAGCUAUGCCUGGAUUUAUUGCCAAGAGACUCUGCCCACAAUUAACCAUAGUGGCUCCAAAUUUUGACAAAUAUAAAAAAAUAAGCAAAGAGGUUAGGGAAAUUCUUGCUGAUUAUGAUCCAAAUUUUAUGGCCAUGAGCCUUGAUGAAGCCUACUUGAAUAUAACAAAGCACUUAGAGGAAAGACAAAACUGGCCUGAGGAUAAACGAAGACAUUUCAUUAAAACAGGAAACCCUUCAGAAAAUGAUAAAACAGAAGCUGUUGGAUCAAGGGCACCAGAGUUAAAUGAAGAUACCUUAUCCGUCUCUCCUUUGCUCUUUGAAGAUAGCCCCCCUCAGCUAAAGAAACCAGAGCCAGAAAUUCCUUCCCAGGAGCACUUUGAAGAACAGAGAGAUCCUCAAGGCCUCCAAAAUUCAGUUAUUUUUGGUACUUCUGCUGAGGAAGUAGUAAAGGAAAUUAGGUUCAGAAUCAAACAAAAAACAUCACUAACAGCCAGCGCAGGCAUUGCUCCAAAUACAGUGUUGGCAAAAGUGUGCAGUGAUAAAAAUAAACCAAAUGGACAAUACCAAAUUCCCCCUACCAGACAAGCUGUGAUGGACUUCAUCAAGGAUUUACCCAUUAGAAAAGUUCCAGGAAUAGGGAAAGUAACAGAGAAAAUGUUAAAAGCGCUUGGAAUUAUCACUUGCUCAGACCUUUACCAGAAGAGGGCCCUACUUUCUCUUCUUUUUUCUGAAACAUCUUGGCACAGUUUUCUUCAUAUUUCCCUUGGUCUGGGUUCAACACAAAUGGAAAGGGAUGGAGAGAGGAAAAGUAGGAGCAUUGAAAGAACAUUCACUGAGAUAAGUAAAGCAGAAGAACUGUAUAGCUUGUGCCAAGAACUUUGUAGUGAUUUAGCUCAGGAUCUACAAAGAGAAGGACUUAAGGGCAAAACAGUUACUAUUAAGCUGAAGAAUGUAAAUUUUGAAGUAAAAACCCGAGCAUCUACUGUAGCAGCUGUUGUUUCUACUGCAGAAGAAAUAUUUGCUAUUGCUAAGGAACUGCUAAAAGCAGAAAUUGAUGCUGAUUAUCCACAGCCCUUAAGACUAAGACUUAUGGGUGUACGGAUAUCAGGCUUUGCCAAUGAAGAAGACCCAAAGAACCGACAAAGAAGCAUAAUUAGCUUCUUAAAAGCCGGAGGCCACAGCCUAGAUACAGUUGGAUCUGUGCUGGAGAAAAAUGACCGAGAUCGAGUUGUGAAGCCUCCUGAAGCAUCUCACAAGGAGAGUUUCUUCACUAAAAAGCGGUCAGAAAUGAGUUGGAACCACCAAGUCAUCUUUAAAUGUGAGCCUGAGGCUAAACAAGACUUCCAGGUUUCACAGCCACCUAGUCUUUCAAAGGAAGAAAUGAAUGAAAAUUUAGCAACAUCAGAAAAUGUAGAUGAAUGUCAGGUCUUUACCUGUCCUAUUUGUUUUAUGGAACAAGGAAAGAUCUGCCUGGAAGCACUUAACCGACAUGUGGAUGAAUGUCUCAGUAGGACUCUGAUAGACUGUGAUCCCAAAAUGGUUGCUGUCCCACAAUCUCAGUCUCUUUGUUCAGAAGUAAAUCCAGAUUUAAAACCCCAGAAGACUAUAGAAAGCCCUUUAGUAGAUUUUGUGCCUUCUGUAAGUGUAGAUGUGCUUUCUAAAGGACAUCAUACAGCAGCUCUGAGCACAGUAGCAGGGAAUGAAAAAAACCAAAAACAGUACUCUAGCCUCUGGAACAACUCUUGUCUUGAUGAAUAUUUUUAUCAGAAUCCUUCACAUGAAAAUGAAGGAUCUGAUGCCACAUCUUCAGGUGAACCAAAAGCCCUCCAGACCAAUUUGUCACAAGAUAAAUAUACAUUGGUGUGUCCUGUUUGCAACUUAGAGCAAAAGACUUCUGAUCUGAUGCUGUUCAAUGGUCAUGUGGAUAUUUGCUUAAAUAAAGGUCUUAUCAAGGAACUAAGGGAGGACAAUGUUAAUCUAGUUAUGAAUUGCUCAACAGAAAGUUCUAAGAAUACUACUGAGAGCUCAGGCAAAAUGCAGAGGCCUGGGAAUAACAUGGCAAAAAUGAAAAGGCCAGGAUUGAUGACCAAUAAUUCAACAUCAAAGAAAACCAAACCAAACAAUUCCAAAUACACCAUUGAUACCUUCUUUAAAUGAACAAGAAGAAUUAGAAGUCAUUUCUUAACUAUGAAUUUUUUCAAUUCUUAUUUUAAAAUUACAGAUUGAAUCAAUGAAUGAGAAUGACUUGAUGCUAGAAUCUUCUAGUACUGCUGUCAAUAAUGUUAAUAAGAUUAUAAAUUUGGUUUGACUGGAACCUAUAGAAGGCACAUGAAGAAAAUCACAUCAUUUGUGCCUAAGGGUUUCUUAAAACCAAAAAAAAAAAAACAACCUCAUUUUGCUUAUCCUUUUUUUUUUUAAACAUCUUUCAAUAAGCACAUAAGUUCACUUUUUCACUUUUUAAAUUAAAUUUAAUCCCAAGAUUUUAAUGUAUUUCCCUACCUAUAUAAUAGCAGCUCAAAAGAGCAAUAUUCUGUUGAAUCAAUCUUUUUUUGUAUUUUUAAGUCAUUUAAUUUUUUAAAUUUUGCUUUUCUAAUAAUGCCUCCCUCUCUUGCUCUGGCUGAAAGUACAGGAGCUACUGACAGGUCUGAUCUCACAGCUGAUCAGCAUGGGAAUUUUGACCUGCCCUGUUUCUGAUGUGGGCUAGUUUGAGCCCCCUUAGGCAGUCUAUUCUUGUGUCUGUCCAGCCCCUCCUCACUAUCCUUUCCCAGGGACUCAUGACAUUGAUGUCAAACUUGGUGUGGACACUUGAUUAGCUCAGCCCAUUGUAACUCACAACUCCAGAGCUGAAGAGAUCUGCCAACAUCAACAUCUCCAGGAGCUAGAAUUACAAAACAAUUUUUAUGAGAAAUCUUUGAGAUGAAGUGUGCAAUUAUAAAUAUUAUGAUAUGUAUUGAAGCCUUUAAUUAUAUAAUACUCUAGUUAAAUAUAGUUUAAUAAUUUAAUUUAUAUUUCUGAAGAAAUUAAUUUAAGUACAGUAUCUAAUAAAUUAAUAAAAAGAACAUAAGUUUUUUUAGGGAUAACAUAUCAAAAUAGCAUUUGAACAAAAGCAAUAAAAUUUGACCUCUAAAUUGGAGCAGCUAGUUAGCUCAGUGGUUGAGAGCCAAGCCUGGAGAAUAGAGGUCCUGAGUUCAAAUUUGACCUUAAACAUUUCCUAGCUGUGUGACCUUGGGCAAAUCACUUAACCCAUUAAGCCCUUACCACUCAUUUGCCUUGGAACCAAUACUUAGUAUAGAUUCUAAGAGAAAAAAGAUCAAUAGCAUCAUGUUGUUAUUAUGGCUAGAGGGCCAUCCUCAAAGCCAGCAAGACCUGGGUUCACAAGCUGCUUUUUCUUACACUGAUUUUGUGACCCAGAAAAAAAAAUUGCUUAAUUUCUCAGUUCUCUGUACAACUCUCCAAGAUUUCAGAGACGAUGCUAGCCUACAUUGGUAAAGGGACUCAUAUGGGAAAACCCUGUGUCAGUGAAAUGAUAGGUCUAGUCCCAAUCCUAUCAUUAACAAAAGUUCUAGGAUCUCAAAAUUAUUACCAGAAUAUCUGGUAUUCUGGGAAACCUGUUCACUUCUAGAAUGUCAAUUUAAUGAGGAAAAAAAAUCCAUCUCGUAGGAAAACCCCAAGAACAAAGAGUUAAUGUCUUAAUAAAGGGAAAGUAAAAUGCAGUUAUUCAUCCAUGACCCUCUUUCUCUAUGCUAUGUAUCACACUCUGAAACAGGGCAAAAGGAAAAAGAAAGCUUUUCAGAAUGGCUAUUUCUGUCUCUUCAGAAUGGGAUUUCUGUCUCUUUGGACCUUUCUGUACUGAUAAGACACCAUGAAAGGGUCAUAGGUUUGAUGCAUGACCUAAAUUGAACUAUAGUUUCCUUGUUUUGACAGUAAACUACAAUUGCUUGAAUUUCAAAUCCUGUACUUGUUUUCUGUAGCUGAAAUUCCUGAUCCUUAUAUGUAAUUGGUUCUAUUUUUAAAUUUACCAUUGUAUCAUGAAUUGUUCUUUAUCAUUAAAAAAAAAACUCAUUUUGGUUAUUCAGAAGUGGCCUCUAUUAUCAUUAGUUUCAGCAAGAAAUAAAGAGUAGGCCUUCCAGGUAAA